UCGACCUGAACAAAUUUGAUGUUGCUAGUGUGUUGAUGGAUAAAAACACUACUUCAGGACAAGUUGGUGGUGUACAACUUGAGAGGAACUUCAAAGAAGAUGCGAAAAAAGCAGUGGAAAAAUGGGACAAAAAUACAGCCAUCAAAUUAUUUCAAUUUUCCUUGAUGCAAGAAGGAAACACGAUGGAGGAUCAGCGCGAAACGUUACAAAGUCUUUGUGAAUUGUACUUCCAAGAAAAGGUCUUUGAAGAGUGUCUUCGCACAGGGAGAAAAUUAAAAGAAGCUUACCCAAAGGGAUUCAAAACUGAGGAUAAAGCUACACAGUGGAAGAACUGGGGAAACGAGUUACACAAGGAGUGUGAAUACCACCUUAUGGCUAAGUAUUACACACUUGCCUUGGAAUUCACACCAAUAUCAAAAAUUGAGCUGAUGGCCUCUCUUCUAAGCAAUCGGUGUUUGGCCUUUAACAAGCAAGGAAAGUACGAGGCAGCUUUGGAAGACGCAGAAAAAUGUAUCAAAAUGAAUCCAAAGUGGUUCAGAGGAUACUCGCGUCAGGGAACAUGUCUUCGAAAUUUGAAUAAAACUCAAGAAGCUCUGAAGGCAUUUUGUGAAGCACACACACGCGCUCUUAGCGACAAAGAGAAACAAAUAACUGCAACAGAUGUGCUUUCAACUGCUAUGCUCAUAAAAGGUGGAGAAUCACAGAUUACUUGCACUCUGUCACCCCGCUUGUUACAGUUUUUCGUGGAGGACGCAUCCGAAAAGAAAGAAUGGGAGAAACUGAGAUUUCUAUAUCUUGGUAUUGAAUGUGAAUGUGAUGCUUCGUGUGUGCCUCUGGACCUUCUCAUCAAGUCGGAUCUUGAAGAUGUCCACAACCUUGUCAAAUCACUUCUUCAACACAACGCCUCCGCGGACGGAUUACGCAGUUGUGCCAAGCCUCCACUUUUGGCUGCCAUGGAAAAGAUGAAAUUUCCUGUGGCUGUGACUCUGUUGAGAAACAAUGCUGAUCCAGCUUGUAUAGUUGGCCAUGGGAUUUUCAUCAACAAAGAGGGUCAACCUAGGCAAUGGCUUCAACUUGGUCGCAAAGCGAUAGAUGCGAACGACAGUAAAAAGGCUGUGAUGCUGCUCAACAUGUCUCUCUACCUUUCGGAUUCUAACACAGACAGAACAAUCAGGAUACAGAUAUACCAUGCGUUGGCAGAGGCCUACUUCAUUGAGAGUGAGCACGAAAGAUGUAUCGACGCUGGAAAGAAGUGCUUUAAGUUACAACCUGUGAAAUCUGAGGAAGAAGCAAAGAGAUGGGGAGAACGAGCCGACCAAGCCUUCCAUUUAAGAAACUAUAACCUUUCCACUGAAUACUUGAAUCAGGCCUUAAUGUACACUCCAGCUGACUCAAAGGAGACGUUUUCACUUCUGUUGUGCCAACGUUCGGAGGCUUUCCAACAGCUGAACGACUUCCAAAGCGGUUUGGAAGAUGCAGUAAAUGCAUCAAAGAUAUGCCCAGAAAUGUCUGAGGUUUAUCAACACCAACAUAAGUGUUUCCACGCAUUAAAACGGAAAAAAGAGGCGAUGCAUGCUGCAAACGAGUGCUUAAAGAGAACAACAGAUGAGACCUUUAUUUAUGGCCUUUUGUGUGACGCCUUGGCUACUGCUACAAGUCUUAAAGAGGGAACAUCAGCUCUAACGGCCCCUGUGCCUAGCAAACUCCUGGAAAAGCUUGUAAGUGACGUGGUAAAAAAGAAAGAAUGGCGUAAACUAAGAAUCCUGUAUCUCGGGGGAGGAGGCUCAGGAUCACACCCAACAGGAUAUGGGGGACUGGCGACUGGUAUCAACGCAUCGAGUGUCCCACUUGGAGAAAUCAUUUACUCCAAUGUGCCUGAGCGACUCAUUUUAGUGUCAGUGCUCCUCAAGCAUGGAGCCUUAGCGAAUGGCAUUGAAGAAUCGGAUAAAAUACCCUUAGAGGAAGCCAUGAGACCGCCAGACUUACCUCUUGUGAAAAAAUUGGUGCAAAAUGGAGCUAACCCUUGUAUAAUGAGCAAAGAAGGAGAGCCCAUAAUUCACCAAGCAUUGAGGAGUGGUUUUCAGAAGAAUGGGACAUUUGAAUUCUUGAAAGCAAUGUUGGAGUCCACACUCCCAGAGAUUCAAAGUGUCCAAGACACAGACGGAAACACUCUUUAUCACAUUGCAUGCAUUGGCAAGAAUGCGCGGCAAAAAAAGUGUGACGCAAUCCGAAUACUUCGAGAGCAAAACAUUAAUCCGAGUCUCCGAAACAAGAGGAAUGAAUAUCCAAUAGACAAGGUUCCGUCCAAGCGUGAUCCUCGUUGGAAGAUGUUAGAGACUGCAUUACAAUGUUACAAGUCGAGUUCUUCAGAGUCUGUUACCCGCGAAAACAGUUCUGAAAAGGUGCCUGAUGAACAACACGAUCAAGAACUUCACCGGGCAGAUAGGAAGGAGAAAGACGUUUCGAGAGGUAGUGAAGAGAGAGCGACAACAAGAGCCAAUAACACGCCUCAAAAGGUCAGCGUUUGGAAGAUAGAUCACAAACAGCAGCAGCGAAAGGAAAGGAGGGAAGCUAUUGCCAGCUUGAUAGAUGGCAUAAAACCCCUUUCCACAUUUGUUCCAAAUGCAAUUGAUACAAACGAAGACCACGAUGACAUCGAAAUGCUCAAUGAGCCUUCAGAAAGCCCUCGUGCUGUAGAGAGUAACAACGACAAAAUGGUAAAAGACGAGACCGUAGAUGAUGAUCAAGAUGCUGAUGAUUAUGAGAUCCUUGAAGAGUAUGAUAUAGAAACGGAUAUCGACUCUAAAUCUCCUUUUGAAGAUCUUCCUUGGGAAGUGGACUGUACUGAUCGAGUUUGGAAAAUUUUGAGAAACAGAAAAGUUGGUUUCUCUACGAGGAAACGUAUAAUCGAGAAAAUUCGAAUGUUAGCUGAUGGCAGAUGGAGUAAGACACUCUGCAAGAGACUCGAAGGUGAAGCAAAGAGGAAAGACAUCGAGCUUUACGAAUCAAAGCUAACAAAGAGUCAACGCAUAAUUUGGGAAAAAGCGAUCGCUUUUUCUGGUCGAUGCAGCGAAAACCCCGAGCUCCGUCUGAACAAGGAGACUCCUGAGGGUCGCAUCUACUCAGAUAUCAUUCGCGUGUGGGACAUUGUAUUGGACCACGACAAACUUCAGCGCUCGAUAGACCUCAUCGUCAAGUCACAUGACAGAGGAAUGAAUUGUAUGGUGAAAAGGAAACUCAAAGGCAUUCCGGUGAAAUCUGGAGGCAAAAGCGUCUCAACUUCCCAAUAUCUACCGAACAAGUAUGCAGAGAUUGGAGAUUUGGAGCACAAAGGAAAUCCACCAGCCAAGAAAAGCGCACCUCAGAACAACUUGCCUCAAAUUUUCUUCCCACCUGCUAGUGCAAAUGACCAAGAAUAUCACAUUCUCAAGUUCUACUUAUUCAGCACCGCUCUCGUUAAAACAGUGCUAGAGAGUGACAUUACUUCCAGGAUCGACUUUCCUUUCAAGAUAACUGAACUGGAGCAUGCCAUCGUUAAUCUCCGCCCAAAUCCUCCGUUCCCCAUCAUUCUUCUUGGUCGAAGUGGUACGGGGAAAACUACCUGUUGCCUCUACCGUUUAUGGGAGCAAUUUCAAAGUUAUUGGGAACGUGCUGAAACUGCUGGUCCCCACAUCCCGCGAUAUCUACCCCCUUCAUUAGAGUCUAAUCCAUGUUCCGACGAUGAUGAAACUUUACAAGGUAGAAUUGAGCAGGAUGCAAACCAAGCUGAACGUAGUAGAGAACGAGCAUCUGUAUCUCCUGAAUGCCACCAACCCGAUGCGUCGUCAUGUUCAGGUUUAGCUCCUGCAUCACAAAAUAACGACCAAAUAUCACAAUCAAACUCUUUCCUUUCAAAGCCAGAAAGCCAACUUGACAGUGACCAAGAAGAUGACAAGCAACCUGACAUGUGCGAACAUCUACACCAGAUCUUUAUUACAAAGAACAGUGUUCUCUGCAGCGAAGUUGAGAAAAAUUUCAAGGAGCUAUGCCAUGCGUGCCCAGCAGCACAACACCGUCUACCAUUUGAAGACCAAUCUCUUCCUACAAAGAUUCAGAACAAUGCCGAAGAAGCGUGGCCACUUUUCAUUAAUUCAAGGGACUGGCUUCUCAUGUUAGAUGCAUCUCUUCCUGGAAAAACCUUCUUUAAACGCGGUGAGGAUGGAAGUUUGGUUCGGAAAAUUGUUGGCUGGGGAGAGGAAGACAACCAUUUACAAUUCAUUCCAGCCACGGAAUCAGAUGACGAAAGUGAUCACGAAGAAGAGCACGAGGAAGUCGCUGGAACACAACAUGGUGGCGCAGAAACCAACAAAACAGGGAGAAAAAUAUCCAUUAAAGAAAACAAAGACCCCAAAAAGGAAAUCACUUACCCUGUUUUCCUAGCUGAGCUAUGGCCAAAAAUGAAAAAGAUUUCGAAAGAGGUUGAUUACCAUCCCACUUUGGUAUGGACUGAAAUACGGUCUUUCAUAAAAGGUUCUGCUGAAGCCCUGUUGAAUGAAAAUGGAGAGCUAUCACUCGAAGAUUAUAAGUCCCUCGGAAAGAAGAAGGCUCCAAAUUUCACUGCGGACAGGGAGCUAGUUUACGAUCUUUAUCGAGUUUAUGAACGACAACGAUCCUCAAAACGAAUGUUUGAUGAGGCAGACUUGGUGUUCAACAUUCACCAGCGUCUCCAAGAUAUUGCUACUCCUGAAUGGUCUGUCCAUCAGUUUUUUGUGGAUGAAACCCAAGAUUUUACUCAAGCGGAGUUGUCUGUAUUGAUUCGUUGCUGUCGCUAUCCAAAUCAAUUGUUUUUUACUGGUGAUACAGCGCAGAGCAUUAUGAGAGGAAUUUCCUUCCGCUUUAGUGAUCUUAAGUCUUUGUUUCAUCACGCCAGGAGUGCGGUGGGUAUCGCUGAUGACCAGAAUAACUUCAUCAGAGUCCCAAAGAAAUUGUAUCAAUUGACACACAAUUAUCGAUCGCACGCGGGAAUUUUGCGUCUUGCCUCAAGCGUUGUAGAUUUGUUGCUGAGAUAUUUUCCCGACUCAUUUGACAGAUUACAGAAGGACGAAGGGCUUUUCGAAGGACCCCGACCAGUCCUUCUGGAAUCAUGCAGUCCUACAGACCUGGCAAUGAUUCUUCAAGGAAAUCAGCGGCAAUCUUCAAGAAUUGAGUUUGGUGCUCACCAAGUGGUGCUUGUGGCGUCAAAUGAGGCUAGAAACACAUUACCAGAUGAACUGAAACAUGGACUCGUGAUGACCAUCUAUGAGGCCAAGGGACUCGAAUUUGAUGACGUCCUCAUUUACAAUUUUUUCAAGGAUUCGCAGGCUACGAAAGAAUGGAGAGUAGUGGCCAGCUUUAUGAGAGAUGGGAAGUUUGCUAAUCUUUCAAGUUCGACUGGUCUGGUUGAGAUAACAGAGGAGAGCAUUGCGGUACAAUCCUCGCGUCCCCUUGAAUUUGAUCCGGACAAGCACAAGGUUCUAAAUUCUGAGCUCAAGUUUUUAUACACGGCUAUCACUCGAGCCAGAGUAAACGUCUGGUUUUUUGACGAAGACAAAGAAUCCAGAGCGCCUAUGUUUGAAUUCUUCCAGAAACGUGGCCUUGUUAAAGUUGUAUCAAUGGGAGAUCGUGACGCUGACGGAUCUGGGGAGCUAGCCAGCAUGUGUGCUACAAAAUCAACGCCAGACGAGUGGAGGAAGGGUGGUUUGCGUUUCUACAAACGCAAGUUGUGGAGACUUGCAAUACAGUGCUUUGAGUUCGCUGGUGAUGAAAUCUGGGUUCAGAAAAGCCAAGCACAGCAACAAGCGGCAGAAGCCAUCACAUUGAGUUCUACAAAUCGUCAGCAAAUGAAAGACGAAUUCCUAAGGGCUGGAGAAAGCUUCCUGAAAUGCGACAUGUAUGAUGAGGCCGAGAUUUGCCUUAAUAACGCCCAAGAGUGGACCCUUUUGGCUAGACUGUACGAGAAAACAGGAAAGUUCCAAGAUGCUGCUCGUCUUUUUAAAAAGGAGAGACUUCACAAGGAAGCAAGCAGAUGCUUUGAAGCACAGAACAACUAUGGGGAGGCGAUCGAAGUCUUUUGUCGUGCAGGCAUCUUUGAAGAAGCGUUGAGUGCCCUUGAACGAUAUAAUAUUCUGGUAUCAAGUGGUGACUUAGAGGGUAAACAAGGCAUUAUUCCCCCGAGAUCUACUCGCACGGUGGAGAGGUUACGUCAUCAACUUGCAGAUCAACAUUUCAAGAGAGGGGAAACAAUGAAAAUGGAUGAGGUUCUUCAAUACCUUCCAUCUACUACCGACCGUAUAACAUUCUUGAAGAAACGGGGAUGUAUAAUUGAAGCAGCCAGAGCUUUGGACGAUGAUGGGAGACGAGAUGAGGCUGCGCGACUUAUAAAAGACGCAGGAAAAUUUGAAGAGGCUGAAAGGUACUCUACUGAUCCCAAAUUUGUCGCGGAUUGUUUGAUAUCACUGGGUCGCACCACUACGAAGAAUGACGACAGUCCAGCGAUUCUUGAAAGAGCUAUUGAGGAGUAUCAGCUUUGUGGUGACCUUAACGGCCAAGCAGAGGUCUUGCUGUUACUGGGAGGAUUGUCUGGUGACUCUAAGAAAUUCCAGGACGCGGGAAGAUUGUUUGACAAAAGUAAGAAUCCCUGCGGGGAAGUAGAGAGUGUCAUGCAAUUGCUUGAGACGACGAAAUAUGCACCACCGAAAACAUUCCAACAGUGGAUGGCUGUGAGAGCCUUGGAGAGAGUGCUGGGACUGAUUACUAGAUUACACAUGCCUACGAAGAAACUAACCUUGGCUGAAGAGAGCGAAAUCAUAAGGUGCGAAGAGCAUUUUGGACUUUUCAAAACCAACGUCGCUGACGUAAGGAGGUACUUAUGCAAGUCCGGGGGCAGAUUCUCCACGGUUUUUCCCCAAGUCAUUGAAAACAAUACCUCUGAUACGGAGGUGAUGAUAAACACACUUGAUGCACACAAGGAAAUAGGACGAUUCUUACUUAAAGUCUGCGCCAAAUUAAUAAAAAUGAUUCGCAUGAUGUUGGAGAAGACGCUGGCUAGAAGUACUCUGUGCACGAAAGUGGAGAUGGGAACAACGUGCAGCGAUUUAAAUUGUGAAAAGCAGCAUGCUGAUUCGGUAGACCAUUUCAACACCCGCUUCCUCGCUCUGUUCCAUUUCAUAUAUUUAGAAUCAGUUGUUGAAUCGUUCAGGUCGGAGAUAGCUACGAGAAAAGAUGAGCAGGAUAACCUCCAAUUGAAUUUCGAAGAAUUUCGGGAAUUCCGAACCUGUCAGCGUUUUUACGACUUCUUGAUUCCCCCGUCCGGUUAUCGAGAAUACCAUCUUUCAUUGUCAAGCAUUCGCCACCUUAACAAGACAAAACUAGUUACCAAGCGCAUUUUUCAAUUUGCCAACGUUCUGUGGAAAGAAAAGGCUGAGGAAUUGCGUCGGUCAGACACCAAUAACUUCCUCAAAGUAUCAUUUUGCCUGCAGCUAAUCAACUCUUCUCCCUUCAUGGUGAAGUGGAUUUGUGAAGAGGAGAAAAAGUUCCAAAAGAAGACGAGGACGCCGAAACUCAUGUCCUCAAAUGAGCUGUUAGCAAAGAACGGAAUGACUGGUCCUGAUGAAAAUGGACGCUACGAAAGCUACUUGCAUUGGUGGGAGUACGGCAAGAAAAGGCUCUACGUUCACGGUGACGUGGAAAACGCUGCUCAUUUCAUCAUCAGACGUUUGCUUACUCUAACAGCUAAGCGAAGUCAGAUGAUUUAUCCCUCCAUUGCCAACACCGUUAUGAUCUUGGAACAUCAACUGACAGCCUGCCUUGCUUUGUACAGCUGUUUGUCUAAAGAGAACCGGUAUCCUGUAUGUCUGCCCGCAAGCUAUCUGACUAUGGUGAGGUUUUGGGACAAUUGCAGGCCAAGAGUCGACAAAGGCUCAUAUACCUUGUACCAAGCGGUUGAAAAUAGCUACGUACAGGGAGCCGACAAAAUGAAACUGUAUAAAGCCGUUCGCUCUCUGUUAGACUACAUGGUCAGGCUGACAUGUGGUGAGGUGGCUCCUUCAUUCGAUGUUUUAGGGGACGCUCUUGACUCAAGAGAGAGUCCAUCUUAUUGUGACUCUGGAGAAGCAGAGAGAACCUUGGUGCUCUUCUUGACCAUGAUGUGCAAUUGUGGCAAAGGAAUACCGAUUCAUCUAGAAGAAUUUAUGCUCAGAAAAAUCUUGCGUAUUAAGUCAAACCCUCGGUUAACAAGCCGUAUCGACAGCGUGUUAGCCAAAAUCCAAGAGGUGCAAGGGCCCUGUGAUGUGGUAAUGAUAUUAAAGACGUUCCUGCAAAGUAGGACUGAAGAACUUUAUGAUCUCCGCUGGUAUAAUGGGAAAUUUUGGUACGAUGGAGCAUGCAAUCCAACCACUUACCCAAACACAUUUCACACAGACCUGUCGCACGUACGCGAAGGAAUGAAACAUGAUCCAGGCCAAGAAAAAACGUCUGAAGACACAGAAGCUGUAAAUACAACCGAAACCGAAGCAACCGAGGAAGUCAUGGAUGUGGAACAUACAGAAGAAGAGCGCAAAGAGAAAGAAGACGUCCUAAGAGAUUGGAAUGCUACCACAAUCCAAAGGUGGUACAAAAGAAUGAAGUCACUGGAGAAAACGCGACGUCAAGCCGGAAUGGUACCAGCAAAAACAUUACAUCGGCUUGAGUCCACCCAGGAACAAAUAGAUUCAGAAUCUGAUGUCUUAGAGAAACGUUUUUCCCAGUUCCGAGUCGACACGUCUGCUUGUGGAAUCUGUGGUAUUGAUUUCAAACCUGCUGAAGACAUCCUGCACAUUAACAAUGAAGAUAACGAAGGAGAAACGGCGUCAACAGAAAAAGAGACAGAGAAUGCGGAAAUCCAUGGAAAUUCCUCAGCACAUUCGGAAAAAGUGAGGGCUUUCAUCCAUUACAAAGAUCUCUAUUUUUCAAAAGUCCAUCCCUUAUAUACACGACAGGAACAACUACUCAAGGCGAUAGAGGACCAUUCCUUGUCUGCUAAAGUCGAAUUGGACAUGGACCGCUUAGAGGCGAGUCUUUCUGAAGUGAAGAGGGAAGUACAGGACAUAGAGUCUGCUUUGAAUUGGGGAAAAGUCAGCUCUCUACGAAACGCAGUAACAGAUUCUGAAAUCACACUGCGAAAGACGGAAAAAGUCGUAGAAGAAGCGAAACAAGAGUCCUUCGCAGCAGCAAAUGAAGACAGUGAACCAGAGGAGGAAGGAGACGAAUUGCACGAGGAAGACAAAGAAGAAGAACACGAUUUCAGUCCAAUUCAAGAAAUCCCACAUGGAAACAAAAAAGGUAGUGGCAAAUCUAAGAAGCGUCGUAAAAAGCGUAAGAAGUAGAGAGAUUGCGAGAAGGCAAUUUCAGGUGCAGAAAAGAUACUUUUCCUUGUAAAUACAAUAGUAUAAAUAUGUUUCAAGCUAUGCAGAGUUUUAAAUGACCUGUUGCAUAAGUUAAAUCUCCAUUCGAAUCUUUCAGAAACGAUACCAAUAUUAUAGAACAAAUCAAUACCUGACGAGAGAAUUCCCAGUGAAAUUCCACGCGUAACCGAUUUUGCGAUAGUCUCGAAGCGAUGAUUGCGAUAUCGGUUUUCAAGUGCAAUUUUAUAGGAAAAUUCAUCAAAUAAUGGAUUUUCCUUGAAUCGCAUAAUUGAA